AUGUUCAGUGUGAAGACCCAGAUGAGGCGUGCCAUCCAUCUCGUUCGUAGGAAGAACGGGAAAGUUGCGCGAAUUACAAUUGGAGUACUGGUUAUUCUUCUGCUGACAAUUAUGAUUUUACACAAGAGCUCAGAUUAUUACGACCUAACGUUGAACCCCUCGAAUUUGACUUCCAGUACAUCAUAUGCUGGGGAUUCUACACCGCAUUCUGAGCCGGCUUAUCCAGAUCACAAACCAUUUGAUGCUAGAACGUUACGUGAAGCUUUGGGAUCCGUAAUGAAUCAGAUCCGGGAGUUGUCCCCUCAAGGCGAAUUGGAUAGGAGCAAGGGUGACGAUUGUAGUCUUGGGGACCUCAAUGUCGGAGUACCCCAGAAUGACGAGAAGGUGAGCAAAAGCGAACUUCUCAAGUGUAUCCAAAUUACGCCUGAUGCUGAAGAUGAGCUGAAGAACCUGCACAAAUCUUUUUUGAGUGUCCUGGAAAAGAAAAUCAUGCCCAAGUACCCUAUUAGUAUGUAUCGUGGGGAUGGCAUUGUCUUCGUCGGUGGUGGGAGGUUCACUAUGUUCGUAAUGCCUGCAAUUCAAGCUAUCAGAGCAAAUGCUGGAAGGGAUAUUCCAAUCGAAAUAAUGAUACCACCAGGAAAUAAUCACGAAUCAGGCUUUUGCGAGAAUAUCUUACCUUUAGUCGAUCCUUCUGGAUUGACACGAUGUGUAUUCAUGGAGACUUUAUUUGAUUCCAAGACAAUGAAAAAUGUGAAGGGUUAUCAAUUGAAGGCAUUGGCACUCUUGGCUUCCAGCUUCAGAAAAACUCUACUUUUAGACGCUGAUAAUUACGUUGUUAAUUCCAUUGACAGUUUCUUUGAUUCCGAGAUUAUCGAAGAUUACGGGAUGGCAUUGUGGCCAGACUAUUGGAAAAGGUUACAUCAUCCCGCAGUGUAUGAUAUAGUUGGCAGUCAUGUGGAUUCUAGUAGAAGAGCUAGAUUCAUAAUGGAUACCGUAUCACCUUCUCAACUAUAUCAGUCAGAUGAUAUUUCAAAAGUUCCUUUCCAUGAUCUUGACGGAACAAUACCCGACGGUGGUACCGAAUCUGGUCAGCUGUUGGUCGACAAAUACAAGCAUUUGGACACCAUCAUAUUGAGCUUAUAUUACAAUUACAAUGGACCGUCUUACUACUAUCCGCUGUUGGGUCAAGGAUUGGCAGGAGAGGGCGACAAAGAUACAUUUGCCCUCGCAGCGAGAGCUUUAUCAGCUCAUGGCCUUCAAAGGUACUUUUAUCAACUCAGGGCGCCUGUUGGUGCUUUGGGAUACUGGGCUCAUCCAAAGGAUAACGUCCCGAUUCUUGACGACGAACAUGUACCUGAAGACCAGCGGAGUUUUCGUGGCGUUGCGAUGCUACAACAUGAUUUGGACUUAGAUUUCAAAGCAUACAAGAAAGCGUACACAGAGAUCAAGUCUAAAUUAGUGCAAGAUUUGAAGACAUUCCGAAAGAAAGCUACUCUCUCUGACGCUUCGGCUGACUUGGCAAAUGUGGAUGAACUCUUCUGGAAAGAACGAAGAAAGGAUGGAUACGAUGUGAAUGAGUUUUUGUCGUAUUUCAGUGACGUACCGGUGACCUUUAUUCAUUCUCAUUUCCCUAAAUACAAUCCAUGGGAGUUUGCUCAAGAUCAGGAAUUCAUUUUUGAUGGUAAAAAGGUGAUGUCCGAUCACAAGGACGACCCCAACUUCAAACCAACCCAUCAUGGACAUUUCCGGAUGUACGAUCAUACAUUCCAAAAGCUAAGUAACUACGAUCUUGAACUUGCCAACUGGCUGAGCUUCAAGGAACACAUCUGUCGCGAGGAUGGCCAUACAAAUUUUAGCUAUCUGGCAGAGGAGAUAGAGAAGACCGAACAUGGCUUGCAAAGGUACGAAGAAAUGUGCAAAUACAUUGAUGAAAGAGUGAAAAUGCUAAAAAGUACGACUUGGGAAGGCUCCAGGGUCAAUUAA